AUGACGCGGCUCACCCCCAGCCGGUCCACUGCUCUGCUGAGGCAGAAGCUGCUGGCGCGGCUCGGUGGCGGCAAGGUGGAGCACGUCGUCCACCUCGAGCCGCCGCUGCCCCAGCGGCUGCAUUGUGUGGGCAAGGUUUUCUUCGACAAGGCUCCUCACCAACCGGAUGGUGUUGAUGGCCUUCGAGACCCCCUGAGGGAAAAUAGAUUUAGCGCGCAGUGGCGGCGCCCGCCGCCGGAGCAGGACGUGCCGGACAGCGGGCCGGGCGUGGGGCGUCGGCGCAUCUGGGCUCGGCUGCUGGACCGCGUCUUCGACAACAGCAACCGGCGCCAGUACGGCCGCGGCCUGGCAGCCCGCGUGUUCGGGGGUCGCACGUGGCGGCGCUCUCUGGCGUCGCGCGCGGAUGUGGCGUCGCAGCUGGAUGACCUGGAGGACCACCGUCCCUACUUCACCUACUGGGUCACCAGUGUGCAGGUCCUCAUCAUGGUCAUAUCACUGGCGUGCUAUGGCUUCGGGCCAGUUGGCUACGAGCUACAGCAGCAGAGCGGCAGGGUGCUGGACAUAAGUCUUUCAUUACAGCAAGUGGAUUACUGGGAGCCGCCGAACCUCUGGCUCGGGCCCCGAGCGGCGGACCUGAUCCACCUGGGUGCCAAAUUCGCGCCGUGCAUGCGGCGCGACGAGCGGAUCGAGCGCGAGAUCUCGGAGCAGCGGCGGCGUGAGCGCGACACGGCCUGCUGCAUCCGCAACGACAACAGCGGCUGCGUGCAGGCGGCGCGCGCCGGCUGCAGCCAGCAAACAGCAGGAUUUAAAGACCCGACCACCAUCAGCACGUGGCGCAAGUGGAGCGAGCGCGGCCGGGGCCCGGACGGACGUCUCUCGGGCCCCGUCUGUGGCCUGGACCCCCACUUUUGCGCUGAGCCGGCCAGCCGAGCGCCGCACGAAUGGCCCGACGACAUUACUCAGUGGCCCAUCUGCCGGAAAACCUCCGUCGCUCCCGAGGGCAGUCAGGCCGCGGAGCACAUGCGAUGCGAGGUAGUCGGCCACCCCUGCUGCGUCGGCAUCCACGGCCAGUGUCAAAUCACCACACGCGAGUACUGCAACUUCGUACGAGGCUACUUCCACGAGGAGGCCGCCCUGUGCGCGCAGGUGUCGUGCCUAGAUGACGUGUGCGGCAUGAUCCCGUUCUACGAUCGUGAGACGCCUGAUCAGUUUUACCGACUCUGGACGGCGCUGUUCCUCCACGCCGGCAUCGUCCACCUGCUACUGACGGUGGUCAUUCAGUUCCUCUUCCUGCGAGAUCUGGAGAAGAUGGCGGGUGCCUCACGUGUGGCCAUCAUCUACAUCAUCUCGGGCAUGGCCGGCAACCUCGCCUCCUCCAUCUUCGUGCCCUACCGGGCUGAGGUGGGGCCUGCCGGAUCCCAGUUCGGCCUGCUAGCCUGCCACUUCGUCGAGGUGAUCAACGUGUGGCCGCUGCUGCUGAAGCCGUGGCGGGCCCUGCUGCGGCUGGUCGGACUCACACUGCUUCUCUUCGUCGUCGGCCUGCUGCCCUGGGUGGACAAUUACGCGCACAUCUUCGGCUUCAUCGUCGGCUUCCUGCUGUCGUACGCGCUACUGCCGUACGUCAGCUUCGGCCCUUAUGACCGGGCGCGCAAGAAGGUGCUGAUCGCAGUUUGCGUCACCACCGUGACGUUGCUGGUGCUCUUCCUGCUCGUGCUCUUCUACGUGACGCCCUUCUACGAGUGUCCCGUUUGUGAGUAUCUCAACUGCCUGCCGCUGACGCGAGACUUCUGCGCCGAGCAGAAUAUCAACUUCGACCGCCGCACCGACCUAUGAUUGGCGGGGCGGCGGCGCACCGACCAAUCGCACGGCCGGGCGCGGCUGUUGCGCAAUCCGCGGCGCUGGCGGAUUGGCCGCCGCGGCGGGCGGCUCGCGAGCGAUUGGCUGAAGAUUGUGGGGGCUCAGCUCGAUUGGUCGGUGGCGAGAGCGUGUUGGAACGGUCGUGGUCGGGGAAUCUCUUUUGAUCUGCUGCCAGUGUGGGCGUGUGAGGCUCGCGGCUGAGAAAUCAUGCCAGACUGGUCCACUGGGCGUCGAGACGGUGCCGACAUCUUGCGGAGACUGGCGCCGAAGGCAGCGUUUUGAGGUGGCGUGGCCUGGUGCUCCACUGUAUCAGUGACGUCACCGGAGUGGGCGCCGCCUAUUGGCCUGGUGCUCCACUGUAUCAGUGACGUCAGCGGAGUGGGCGCCGCGUAUUUUUGGCAGGACGUUGACCAUGCCUUGGUAACGCUGAGCGGUUCCCCAUUGUCACGCAUUGGGUCCUCACGCCGGCUUAUCGCUUAGCCCCAUACUUUGUAUCGUGUAUAUGUGACUUUGUGCAUAUAUGUAAUAUGUGACGCGAUGGAGGGAGAUGAAGGUCAGGAGAAGAAAAGGUGGACGGUGUGUGUAUAUCUUGAAGCAUUCGUUUUUACGGUGACGGCGCUGGAUGUUGGUGAUCUUGUCAUGUGUAAGGCAGGUGGACAUUUUCUGUGAUACAUGCGGAUCUCUGCAAUCGUUGACGAUAACGAUAGCCUGACUUAAUCAUCACGCACCAGUUGACGCCGACUUCCUACGUCUGUCUUGAAUCUGAACCUGCAACGGUCUUUACUCGUCCAGGCGCGCGUUUCUGUCAUCCGUGCGUGUUUUUACUGGGCGGUGGACAACAGAUCUGAGUUUUUGUCUUUCCGUUGGCAGUGCAAUGCAUUGUUUAUAUAGAUACAAUUUGUAGGACGUGCCGCAUGGUGAAAACGUUCACGCCGGAAAGCUUGGUGUAAACCCAAGCUCCCGCGGUACACAGCCACCGGGGCAAGCUUUUGGAGACCACAUAUCGCUACAGCAUGUGUUGUGACCCUCCAAGGGGCUCACUGUUUAGCGCCCCGAGAGUCCGCGGGUGGUGAGGGGUCUGACACCAAACUCCCAUUUCCGUUCCGGACUAUGACUCUGUUCCUGCGGAUAUCCCGGUGUUGACGACUGGCACGAUAUGAUGCGUUGCGCUGCCGCGGACACGGCCCGGACACCAAUGCAAAGGUUUUGAGACUGCUAGCUCUGGCGAUGGACAGCAUUUCCAACUGUUGACAUGCGUCUUGAUUGUCCUUGCAUUGCGUGUGCCUUUUAUUUUGCAGGCAGACAUACACACGGUCAGUAUUUUUAUAAACAGCGGAAGUAGCAAAACGCCGGUAAGACGCCGAAUUUUAGAUGGUGACAACUGACGCUUUCGUAAUGAUCUUUUGCUGAUACAAAAUGA